CGACUAUCGUCAACUGAUAACGCAACAACACCCACUCGAUACCGUAAAGCUGAACGCAAAACCAUUUGUGUCGCUGUAUUAUUUAUAAAAUGAAAUUAUCUGUCUUUAUGGUGAAGUAAACUAUAUAGCCGCGUUCCGGCAACCAUGGAGGAGUUGCUGCAAGACAUUUUCAAAGAAGCGACAGGACCGAAAUUAUCUACCUUGAGAAAAUCUUGCCAAGAUGCUCUUGAAAUAUUGUGCUUACAAGAAAGCAGCGCUCGUCGGCCUUCCUACGAAUUGCGACGCACGUGCCUGCUGCCUCUCCAAAUAGCUCUGGAGAGCAAACGACAGCGGCUCGUUAGUUUCGCACUCCAGGGCUUCCAUAAAAUACUGCGAGAUGACAGAUUUCACAGAGGCAUUGAGCCAGAAGAUGAUUCUCUGUGGAUGCCUUCUCAGCUCCUGUGCGCUACAGCUUCAGUCAUGUACCACUUACCGGACACACAGGUCCAAAUAUUCCGGAUGUACCUCUCGCUGGCGUUGUCUCCCCGCCGAACCCUGAAUGGUCGACUAUGCGUGUGGGCUUGCGGCCGCUGCGGGGAGGCGGCGGCCGGGCCCCCGCACGUGGCGGCCGCCGCCCGCGCCGCGGCCGCACAGAUGCUACGUGCCUACUGUGCUCAGCUGGAUGAGGAAUGUCAAGAGCUUCUGUCUGAAGGAUCCCCUCUCGGAAGAAACCAUAUAGUGGCGGUAGGGUGCUACAGUGAAGUCAUACCUGUGAUUCAGUACCUAUGCAGCAGACUGGCGGAAACACAACUGAUACCAAAGCAGAACCCAUUGGCUCUGUUCUUUUUGGAGUGCCUCCUGACCCUUAUGUCAAGCCUCUCAGAGCGUGUGUGCGGCAAUUUACACUUCACUACCUUCCUCUGGCAAAAAUUCUGUCCAUCGCUCAUAUCCUUCCUCGGUACGCCUCGAGUCGACAAAAAUAUUAAGUCCAGAGAGCACGACGGACACCUAGUGGACGACUCAGGUCGAGGCUCCGGUGCUCUGAACAGCGCGCCCAGCUUCAAUAGCAAGCAAGCCAAAGCUAUUUACAGCAUAGCGAACCAACUGGUCCGUCUAGUUGGCUCCACUUCUAAUCUGCGGCCAGUUCUAGAAGCGUUAUAUCAUAGGAUGCUCCUAUAUCCGCCAGUCGCUCAUCGUGUAGAGCCUUUAAGAAGUGUAAGGGAACUGUUACACAAUCCGAAACGCCUAGCGCAUUUGGUGUUAUUGAAGAAAACUGACCAUCCUGAACGUCAUAGUGAUGACAUGGCUAUAUUGAGACUAAUAAUGGACGGAAUUGAAGAAUGCGGACGUAGUGGUAAUCCAGAGGUAGUUGCAGCGUCAGUAGAAUGCGUUGUAUCCUUACUCGACGCUCUCGAGAAGUUGUGUAAUAAUUCAGAAUAUAUACCAAGCGACACUGCUGCAGUCAUGUUACAGCACUGGCCGAAGUUACAGGACGCCGAUUACACUGGUCCACUAACUUAUCAGACAUUAGCUAGAUUGCCCAGCCCCUAUAGAGAUGUAGUAGCCGUGUUACAAAGCAAUGAAGGAAAGGACAACGAUUCGUCAGAUACAUCUGGCCCUGAGAACUUAAGCUCCGGUAGUGAUGGCGAAGCAGAUUCAGAUGCGGAUAACGUGUUUCUUCCUUCACGCGCUUGUAAUCCUACACCCAACAGUGAUACUGAGAAACAUACUAAUACUAAUAAAGUCAAGACUAUACCAAAAACUUUAAAUUUGGGCAGAUGUACAAUAACCGAAUGCAACGUUGAUUUGGAGAGACACAAUGCGCGACAGUUCAUUAAAACUUUGCAGAACACAUUGCUCCCCAAACUGCUGCAUCUUCGUACCUGCAUUGAGGUGGACGAGGCGAUGCAAGAGUUCGCGUCGAAGUGCUGCCAGCACAACGCGAUGGCGCCGCCCGCGACCGCGUGCAUCAUGAACGCGGACGGCGUGUACCUCGCCACGUACGCCGCGCUGCUGCUCAACCUGCGCCAGCGCCGCGCCGCCGCGCCCGCGCCGCACCAGCCGCCCCUCUCUGUCACACACACCGCUAAAGUACCGAUUGUGUUAACGGAGGACGAGUUCGUUGAAGAAGUGCAAGGCAGCGGCGUCCUCGUCUACCUGUCAGCUACCUGGCUUCGAGAAUUGUAUCAGCAGGUGCUCUCGAACGAUCUACUGAAAGACGUGCCAACAGCAGAUCACCCCCUCAUACAUUUACUAUCAGACCUUGGUGGUUUGGACCCGAGUCCAGUGAUGUCUGACUGGCAGAAAUUAAAAGAGGUCUCAAUGCUAUACAACAAUACGAAUGACUCUCCUGAACAUCAAGCCAGCUUCCGAUGGGCUAGAAGGAUACUCACAUGUAUCUGGGAUUCAAUGGUGACAGUACUAAGCGUCCCACUGACAGGCUACAGAAAUAAGAAACAGAAGCUACACGGGAUCAUAUCGAAGAAGAUCAACACCUUCGGCAAGAGGAAGAGGAUCGCGUGGGAGGGGCUCACUAUACAGUGCCUAGAAGGACUACAUAAGGCGGCCAGAGUCAGCAAUACUCUAAGCCUACAGAAUCGUUGCAGUAGCAUCCUUGCACUUCUAGCCAACUCUGCUAUAUCACAGCCGCCUAAUGGGAAAAUUUUAGCAACACAUGCACUCUCAUUAGAUAUACUUAUCACAGGCGGGUUGGAGCUAGGCUCGAAAGCGCCCUCGUGCUGGGAGCACAUAUUCGCGGCGUGCGAGUACGUGUCGAGCGUGGAGCACGCGCUGUUCGGGCGCCACGCGCACGCGCACGCGCACGCGCCGCCGCACGCCGCGCACGCCGCCCACGCCGCCCACGCCGCGCACGCCGCCCACGCGCAGCCCUCCUCGCUGCUCGCCCUGCACACCGCCCGCAACAAGACCGUCUCCGUGCUGCAGCCCGACACCAAGCUGCCGCUAGACCCGCGGGACGACGAGACCUGCGUGGAUGUCUUCAACUUCCUUCAACCUGUGCUCGAAAAUAAUCUCAAUAAUGAUAUGUCGGUGCCAAAAAUCGUCGAAGCUUGUCGACAGGAAGGCGGGAAUGUAAUCAGCGGCUCGGGCGCAGUUCGCGUGUGCUGCGCACUGUCAGCGGCAGCGGACGCGCUGUUCUCUCGCCUCGCUGCUACCACAACGCUCCCGGCGCUGCGUGCAGCACUGCAGCGACUUGUCGCACACCAACACCGACUUCUAUUCACCUCGUGGGAACAAGACGUUGCGAACAACAAUGCAGCGUGGUGGCGGCGCGGUGGGGGCGCGGGAGGUGGUGGUGGUGGUGGUGGCGGCGAGGCGGCGCGUGCGCUGUGCCGCGGCGGCGACGUCGCGCUGCGCUGCCUGCGAGCCGCGCGCCCUCUCGCGCACAGAAUGGCCAUAUGGACCGUAGUAGGACCACAUCUCAUGCAAGCGGCAUGUCACAAGGACAUCCAAAUUUCGAGUCUUGCAAUCCAAUGCCUACACGAUUGCGCGACAGCAUUAUUCAAUCAACAAGUAGAACUACCGCACUUCCACUUCAAUGAAGCCCUACUCAAGCCUUUUGAGAACCUAUUAUGUCUAGAACUUUGCGAUGACGAUAUUCAGGAACAAAUUAUAUCGUGUAUUUGCGAGUUCGUCGAAACAAAUAGAAUGGAAAUUAGAUCCGGUUGGCGACCACUUUUCAAUACACUCCGUGCGGCCAACAAUUCAAAUCAGUAUUCAGCAAUAUUGGAAAUAUUCAAAGUAUUUCUUAGCACAGAUAACACUUUAGUGUUUGCAAAUGCAGCUUUAGAUUGUAUUUUAUGCCUCCUGAGCCACAUAAAAGGCCUACACUAUGAAGAAGUUCAAGCAACUGAAGUAAAACCUAAAAAAGUAAAUCCACCUCAACCAAAGCCUAGUCUAAGCCUUAAAUUUUCUAAAAACAGUAAAUUUAUUCCACUCAGUGAAGAGAAAACAGAAAAAGUUAUAGUAGAUAUGUGCAAAGAAGCCUUAUAUCAUUUGGAAAGUUGUGCAGAUAUUUUAACAAUGAUGUAUAAUAUGCCAAAGUGUCCUAUAUUUAAUACUGGUAACAGGAUUAAGGGCGACCUACCACCAUCCGUAGUAGAUCCAAUAAUACCAAGUGCAUCACUGGAUAUUACAAAAUAUGUUAUAAACGAACAUUGUGAAGAGGAGCCAAUCUCUUAUAGAAAAUUGUCAACUAGUUUACCACCGUCAAAUACUACAAAUAACUGCUUAUUAAAAUUAGACAGGCCAAGUAACAUAUUGAAAGUGUGGUAUGUUUUAAUCGAAGGGUUGAUUUCAGCCACAGUUGUUUGUUCCAAGAAAAAUCAACCAGCUACAAUGGAAACCUUAUUCAAACUAUUAAGAAAUACUAUAGAAGUACCAGGAACGCAUUUUGGACUACAUUGCAUCAAUCACCUCCUACUACCAACGGUACAAAACUGGCUCCGACAAAUAGCUAACGUGAACACACAUUGGGACAGCGUUAUGCCCAAUUUCAAACAGUGCUGUGGAAUGACAACGGACACUAUUGUAAUCUAUUUACAUCAUUUGCAACAAAUAAAUGUUGAAAGAUCCACCAAUGAAGAGAACGAUGAUAAUACAGAAAUAGAACCGAUUGAAAGUCCUGAAGCGACAUUCGCAUUAAAGCAAAUUAUGUUGGUUUUAGUGGAAUGUAUAGCUCAACCUCAAGAGCCAAUAGCCAGGCUAGGAGCAUCUUGCAUACGUCAUAUAAUUUUAACAUCAGGGCAUUUGUUAACAGAUAAACAGUGGGAAAUCGUUUGUACAAGCCUACAUAGAGCUUGUAAUGUUAGCUUGACUCCACUAAAGCAACUCACUUAUGCAUUUAAAGAAAAUUCAAACAGCUUUUAUGGAGAUCUGGCUAUAGUGAAAGUUGCCGCGAGACGUGAUUGUUCUGUAAAUGAUAAUGUAAGACUUCAUGCUAUGGCGCAACAAGUUUUUCAUACUGAACAGGUUAAAAGUGACACACAUUCUAAAUUAACAUCUAAAAACUCUUCUCAGAUGCUUAUAGAUGAUAGGAGUUACAUAUUCCUUAUAUACUUACAAGAAACUAUUAACUCAUUGAAUCCAGAUCUAUAUACCGUCAGAAUUCCACAUAGAGGAUUGGUCGUUGGUCUCUUAGCUCAUCAAAUACUGGUUCAGAUCAUUGCCACAGUAUUAAUACAAGCUUCAUCGGAUGUCUUUCAAGGAAUAAACAAUAUUCUGUUGGAGAGCCUUAAAACUGGCAGUAAUGUUUGCAAUUACAAAUUCUUUUUGAAUACUGAAAAUGUUGAUAUGUUACUUAAAAGCUUGGAACUAUCUUAUACAAGAGCGAUGCAGUUUGAUUCUAGACCUGGACUAAAAUUUCUAGUACAAAAAGUAUCAAAUUUGGAUCAUGCUGCUAAUUUAUAUAAACAAACGACCUCAUCGUGGUUAAUCAAAAUUAUAGCUCUCACAGAAAUAUUUUUCAGUGACGUCCAUCGAUUUAAAUUAAAAGGGGCAGAUAUUUCAAUAAUCCUUCAAAAUUAUACGACUACUCUUAAUCUAACCUUGGAAUAUGAUAGAUUUGUAACAAAAAUAUUCGAAUUGAAGUCUACGUGGGAACUGUUAUGCAACAGUUAUAUGAAACAUUUAAUUAACUUGUCUGAUUUUGAUGACACUAACAACGUAAAAGAACGAAUAUCUUACAGCUCUGUUGAUACCGACACAUCAUCCAAUCAUUACGAACAAUAUUACGUACAAGAUACAACUACAAUUCAAGAUGUGGCUGAUGAGCCAGUGUCUUCUGCAAAAAGUGAAUCUAUUACUACAAAUGAUGAUAAACCUAUCGAUGAGCCUAAACCAUUCACAUUUGCUGACUUCAAGAAAAACAGUCAAUCUUCUGUUGUAAGGGAGCAUAUUGAAAAUGAUGAAUCAAUCUCAAAUAAUAAUUCCGAAACAAAUACAGACGUCUCAGAAUCAAAAUGCGACGUUAUUCCAAAAGACAUUGUGAAUGAUAAUGAAUCUAUUAAACCAGUUGAUGAUAUAAAAAAAAUCAAUAAAAUUGAAAACAAACGAACCAGUGCUACUGAUAGCGUUAACCCACAGAUAACUGCACGAAAAGUAAAUAUAACAAUAUGUGAUAGUUCGUCUUAUGACAAAAACAAAAAUAUCGAGCCUCUUAUCCCGCCACAACCUGUACCACCAGAGAUUGAGCAACAAAGAACACUUAGCAUAAAUAAGGAUACGGACGUGCGACGAUAUUGCUUCCAAAACAUUUUGAUGGCAUAUCUGGAGCUUGUUCUUACAUUCCCGCUGGAGAGGUUCCAUCUCAUAAGCCCGGUAUUACAAAACGGUUUCCUGCAACUAGCCAACACAGUUACAGAGCCACUACUACUCGACAGGAUUAAUUUAUUUUUCGAUAGGAGAGAUUUAUCCGAAUUUAACUAUAACUGAUCAAUUAAUUGUGAUAAUAUUCAUAUUCAAUAUAUUCCACUAUUGUUCAGUGUUAUAUGCAAAAUAAAAUCAUACUAUAUACUUAA